CUGCGGCUGUGGGAUGGAGGAGGAUGGGGGGAAGCAUCUCAAGAGCACCAAGUAGAUACUGGCCGGUCUGAAAAGGAAUAUCACCCCCCGGAAGGUGGGAGAUCUUCGUCGAUCAUCUGCUCCUAUAUUGCAGGACAAAUUCUUGGCGAACGAAUACCAAGCAUGACCACGUCGAAGUUUGCUCAGGGGGAAAGAGAGAGCGACUAGGCUAUGUUGCAGCUUGAAUGGAUUAGACGUACCCAAUUAAGGGGGCUUGGAAGAAGACAAGCUGUCCAGGUCCUCGGACACGUCUGUCUGCACAUCACAGAUUGUCCACGGGAGCAAGUCGAUACCAAGAGACAGAGUGUCAACUCCGGCCAGCAAAGAGUAUCUCGCGAUUCCCUCCGAGCCGGCGAUCGACCGCUCUUUGCUCAGGAAGGGUUGCCAGAGGGGGAAUCUCCUGAUGGCGGACCGGCCGUUCUGCCAAUAACAACCCCACGAUUAAAGUUCGUUCACGCCAGCACAGGGCCCUUUGCAGCGAGACUACUGUACGGCGUAAGGGAGGGAAGUCAAAGCCCGUUGGCGAUCGAUCUGGUCAUCGGACAAGGGAAAGGUGGAGAGAGAGAGACGAGAAAGAAUAAGAAAAGAGGAGGCGUGUAUUGCCGCUUCCAGUAAUCUUCUCGAACGUCUGGUUUCUCUUCCCCGCAGGGCUGCUGCUACUCUCAACUCUCCGGAUUCGUCGUUAUGAUUCAGAACAGCAUCUGAUCAUCGGAAGCAUUAUAUCAUCAUCA